ACAGAAGAAGAAGAAAGAGGAGCCGUUACGGCUUGACACCGCUAGCGCUUGUUAGCCUUGUAGCCGUUGGAGUCAGCUUCGGAUACCCACCCAGAAGUGCAACGAACAUGUCUACUGCUGGCCCAGAAGAUUCUGGCGUGGCGCCAGGCAACCGCCGCCUGCAACAGACCCAGGCCCAGGUGGAUGAGGUGGUGGAUAUCAUGCGUGUCAAUGUGGACAAAGUGUUGGAGCGAGACCAGAAGCUGUCUGAGCUUGAUGACAGAGCAGAUGCACUGCAGGCUGGAGCCUCCCAGUUUGAGACCAGCGCUGCCAAGCUCAAGAGGAAGUAUUGGUGGAAGAACUGCAAGAUGUGGGCCAUCCUGAUAGCGGUGCUAGUGAUCAUUGUGAUCAUCAUCAUUAUCUCGACUCAAACGUAAAGGAGCGCUGGUUGGGAAGGGUGCUGAUGGAGCAAAUGAUGAUGAAGAAGAGGAGAGAAACCCAUGCAGGAUGAAUGUCUUUGAAGAAGAGGUCACAUGGUUACUGUCUGCUGAGCUCCACAGCUGCUCUCCCUCGUGCAAGAGGUCUUCAUUCCUAGUCCUGGAUAGUAAAAGUGUGUGUGUGUGCGUGUGUGUGUGUGUGCGUGUGUGUGUGCAUAGUUUGUCCAAAAGGGGUUAUUACAAUAUCGCAGUUUUAUCACAUAGUUUGAUACCCAGCCAUGUCACACAAUACUUUGCCAAAGACAACAAAAAUCUAAUUUUUCUUAUCCAUGCUAACAACCAAUGCUGCCAUCCCAUGAAAAAACCCACAGAAAUGUAUUGCAUCAUAUAUAUUUUUAGGGGACUGUUGUCAUGAUAUCUUGCCAACAUUGACGUAUUACACAACCCCAUAUUUUGUUUUGGCUAUGAACGUUGGAUCUGGUCAUAAACUGAUCAGCUAAGUAUCUAUAUAAAAGAACACACACAUACACACGCUGGCUCAGGACUAGAAGUGAAAACUGUCAUAACUCCUAAACAUGUAUUUUUGUAUGUUUUUAUUAAUAAUAACCAUUUAUUUUGUGUGCCAGGUUAAGACAAGUGCCUUUACGAUAGGCUGUUUUGUGUGAUGUUAGUCUUCACUGUAACAGUAAUCCCACACGUCAAGUAAGUGUUUUCUCUUCUUAGCCCACACAUGCACGCACACACGCGCGCGCACACACACACACACACACACCAUUUGUCAAAGGUUUUCCACCAUUUGAAUUAAAUGUCAAUGAUAGGACUAUAAUCUUAAAAACCGUGCUUGUGAAAAUGUUAGCUAAUGGUCGCAACAGGCUUGUGAACAGCGACUGUCUUAUUUUACAGUGCUGAGUCGGGAUCAUUGCGCCGUUAACCGAGGUUUAACUGAGGUUUUCGAUUUCUUAAAGAAGCUUCUCUUCAUUUCAAAAUAACGGCCAGAGACAGAGGCUCAGGUAAUGCCAACUGUAAUAAUACCUGCCCAUACCUGUGGCCGAUAAACUGGUAUGAGCUUGUUUCAGAGAUGUAUUUCUGAAAGACGAGCUCCUUUACAGGCAGGUCAGGACUUUUGGGACAGUGCCUCAUAUUAGGUUUUCCCUUUAAUUGUGAACGAUAACCAAGCACAAAACACUAAGUGUACACUUCUGGCAUUUGCCUUAAUUUUUUAUUCUUGAAAAAGAAGUCAAAACCAUAUGAACAUUUUAUAUACUGGCCUUUCUACCGGUAGUGCCUCUGAAUGUGGGCUGUGCACGUACAACCUGUGCACGUUGCUGUGGUCUGCAGAGCUUGUUUUUCUAUAGAGCAUCUGUGUCUAUACACCGGCACUUAAACGUCUGCAAGAAAGAACCUCUUACCUUCUUACCUUACCUCUUACCUUUAAUCCGUCAGUUAAUAAGUGUCCCUUUUUCCCUUCAGUAACUAAAACUUCGGUUUGUUAGCUAAUGUUGUUAGUACUAAUCUUAUGAGAGACUGUAUUUUGUUUGGGGGGGGAGGUUGGGGGUUACUAAGUGACUAGUUAUUACAGUGGUUUCGCUGAGCAUCCUUGGUGUUUGAGCUUAGAGGAGCGAUACUGCAAACACUGUACCAGAGUUAUGUUGGCAUACAUACCCCUUUUUUCAAAGUUAUUCACAGAAAUGUGUUUCAAUGAUGUAAACCAUUGAAGACCUAUUACUCACCAUAGAUUUGAUUUCUAUUCAUUUCAGGACUUUGCAUUCUCCCGUGAUUACUGCGAUCAAAGCUUUUUGUUUGUUAGCAGUCAGCAAGGUAAUUUUUGUUUAUUAGCCUUAAAAGUGCCAUGAAUUUAACAUUAGUUGUGAUAACUGAAAAAUAAUAACACCAGCGUAUGUAUGAGCUUUUUAAAAUGACAUGUCUUUGUGUAGACGUAGGAUGUAAUUGUAGUCAGCAAGAGACAAUAAUUCCAGAAUGUUUCAAGGCCAAUCAGACGGAGUUUUCAGGUGCCACCUGUUGGAAGUCCUGACUCUGGAGAGUUGUGUUCUCUUGUCUAUCUAUACCAGAAAGUGCCGGUAAUUGCCAAGCCUUGUAUAUGUCUCUCUUUUUGAAGUGUAUAUUGGAAAUAAGUGCAAUUCUACUCUUGGGCACUCAACGCCUGUUGCUUGAAUAAAAUUGACUUUUCUCCCCAAA